UCGUAGUUUUCCACUUCCAUAAACAAGAUGACUGCCAGGGUUUGCCGUUGGUCCUGCGUGCCUCGGAGUGCAGCCUCUCUCGGAAAGAGUCUCAGAGAAAGUGAGUGAAGCAGCAGGGGGAGAGAAAGUAGGAAAACAGGAAAAGGGACAAGGCUGAAAAAGACAGGAAAAUCCAUUAGAAGAGAGGAAACACACAGACAAAGAGAUUGUAGAGAAGAGGGGGAACAGGAGUUUAUAAGAACGACUGUACGAGGGAUCAGUCUCUUUUCUUGUCAUGGAUGGAAACAGCACAAAUGUCAUUCUGGACAUACUGAAGUCCUUUGAUAGCGCUCCUUUAAUCAUAGCUUUCUGUGUAUCCGUCGCUGUGGGGUUACUGCUGGGUGCCACAGUUUAUGUGAUCCUAACCUGGAUGUCCCGACGCAAAGCAGGCUCUGCCAAAAUCACCCGUCGCCCACCCCGCCGCUCCAAAAACUCCCCCCAAGGUCGCCAGGGCUUCAACCGCAGCAGCAGCAGCUACGAACGUCGCAGCAACAACAGCUUAUUAAGCGCAGCGUUCAGCUUCCACCGUCCGACAUCUUCCCCAGAUCACCUGGACGCAGUGGGGCACAAAUCCAGCUUCAGGGCCUCUACCUUCCACCCCCUUAUCCAGUGCAGCCAGAUUGCGAGAGAGGCUGAGGAGGGGAGUCAGACCACGCUGCCUCGUACUCCACCUCUGACCACGUCAGCCGGGUCGGCUUCAGCCGCAGCAGGACCAGCUGCCAACCGUUCUAGACCAGAGUCAUUCUGGGGGAACAAUGGACUGAGGGGUUUGGGUGUGACGCAGACCCCACCUCCGGCUUAUGAGAGCAUCAUCAGGGCUUAUCAGGAGACAUGUACCUGAGAGGAAUGAUAACACUUAAAAAAAAUUAUAAACCCUGAUGGAUUCUUUGAGUUUUUACUGACUUGGAUGAUGAGAUAAACAGUGAGGAUCUAAAACCUGAUCAACCCAACACCCUUUUAGAAAAAAUUUAAUUCUUAUUUACGCUCCAUUAGCUACAAAAUACAUAACACAUAUGAAACAGGCAAAUUCCUGGAUAAAUAAAUAAACCCUACUAUGGAUUCUUAGUUAGUAUUUAGAUUUGUCUCAGACUUAGAUGAUCAUGUUUGCAUGGGAGGCUGUUACUUCACUGUAUACCCAAAAUUCCAAAUCUUGCAACAAGAAACAAUAUUAUUACAAGAUGCACACAGGGCUAAAAUAAGAAGGAAGAAAAUAUGUGAAACUAAACUUAAGGCAGGGUUAAAUAGACCCAAUGGUUAUUUUAAUGCACAUUUCUGUUCUUUAAGAGUCAGCCUUUGUGGAUGGAUUCAAAACUGUGUGUUUCGAAUUUCCCUCAUCAUUUAAUGGAUAUCUAGUGAUUGAAGUACAAAGUGUGUGAGAGCACAAGAUGUAAAAAAUCAUUGUACUAUUGCUAGAAAUGCUAAACUCUUUUCUUCGUUUUUUUCUUUAGAUCUUUAAUUUUAAAGCUGUUAAAAUAUAGAUAUUUUAAGUAUUGUAAGAAUUUUACAUUGACUAGAAAAAAACUAAACAUUAUUACGAGAUACUUAUAACCAUAGAAGUAAGAAAUUGGGAAUAAUUGAGCAUAUCAGGUACAUUAUGUAUUAUAAAUAGAAAAACGGGAAUUCCCAUGUACAAAAAUACUUCAUUAUUGAGGUAUGUGAGCUAUCCAAGGUUUAACAAAGGAUUAAAAUUUUUUAUUUUAAUUUUUUAUAAAUUGAUAUGUCAAAAAAACAGUAUUUUAUAGUAUUAAAAGGACAUUUUUAAGCACCUGCAUGAGUUGGCAUUUGUUGGAUUCCUUGUGGUUAACAAAUACGUCAUCUUUUGGGAACAAUAAUGUCAUAGUCCUACCUCUGACCAAAGCCUGGACCCUGAACACAUCACAUAACAGCAGAAUAAAGGCGCACAAUUGAUGCCU